ACGAUCACAUACAUCAUACACCACCAAAAUGGAGAAUCACGGGAGAGCAAUGAACUCCAGCGAGCAGCCGCAGGAGUUCGAGUUCGGAUCAUUGACUCCAUCAUCUCCAUCACAAGACUCAGAAAAUUCUCCCGCCGAUCACCUCUUCUUCAACGGCCGUCUCUUGCCACACGUUUUUCAAGCACCUAACAAUAAUACCAAGUGGCCACUCUCACGUACAACCAGCGAGUACAUCUCACGGAGCACCAGCACGAACAGCCGGAGUAGUUUUGGUAGUAGUAGUAGUAGUAAUAGCAGCUCAACUUCUUACUCUCCGAGAACGAGCUGUUUCAACGGUAACAACAACAACAACACUACCAUAAACCAUAUGCCGUUGGAUGUUAAACCUCCGAGUAGUAUAUACAGAGAAACUGUGGAUACUACGAGGAUGAAAGGGGUGGAGAUGGUGAAAGCGUCUCUAUACAGGUCGUAUUCAUCACAGAGGUGGCAGUACAUAACUCCUGCACCGGUGAAAAGGAGUGGAGGGAUAAGAGUUGGUGGUCGGAAGAAGAAGGCGGUGAGGAUUAGGAAGAAGGCGGGAGAGAGAAGAGGGAGUAGGGUGAUGAAGUGGUGGAGAAGAAUUUUAAUGGCUGCGAUUUUUGCUUGUAGAGAGUGUCAUGCAUUGGAGGGACCUGAGAAAGACUUGUGAAAUUCUAACGUGUUCAUGGGAACCAAAGUAUAAUGAAUGUUCAGAAUUAAAAUCUAUAUUGGGAUUGUGGGAUUUCGACAUUGUGUAUCUAUAUAUUUUUGUUUGAUAACAUUAUAAUUU